UCCAAAAAGAAUUUUACCACUGGACCAAGAAGACUCAACAGUGACUCGAUUAUGUAUUUAAUUUUGGUGUGCUUUGGGGGGAUAGGGUGUGUUGGUUUUCGUGAAUUUUAGUUUCCAUCAUAUCAAGAAUUCAAGGUUUCAAGAAGUAAUUCAGUUGUUUAUGUCGUGGAUUCAUCAAUGAUCAAUUAUGGGUGUAGUUUAUGACAAUUGGGAAAGGUUGGUUGAUGCCACGCUGCUCCGAGAGGAGCUGCGGAGGAUUGCUCUAAGAACCCCCAGCAAUGUUUCUUCAGUAUCAGCAUCUCCAUCCUUUAAUGCCAGCGUUUCGGAAGGAGCUAGUGGGGGUGAGGAGACUCGUACAGAAGGGGAGACCUCGGCUUGCAACGAUCUAAGGAUAUUCUCUUUUUCAGAACUCAAGCUUGCGACCAAUAAUUUCGCCCCUCGUACGCAGCUGGGGUGUAACGAACUUGGGAUGUUACAUAGAGGUUCUCUUUGCGAUGAAGCUUCAUCAAUUUGUACAAAUGAAUCAUUGAUUGCUGUCAGAAGAUUUUAUUCUGAAAGUGUGCAAGAAUUUCAUGAGUGGCAGUCUGAAGUAAAUUUGAUUGGAAGACUUUCUCAUCCUAACAUAAUUAAGCUCCUUGGUUAUUGUCGGGAGGACAAUGAGCUACUUCUUGUCUAUGAUUAUCUGCAACAGGGCAGCUUGGAGAAGCUCCUGUUUGAAAGGGACUAUACCAAUCACCCUCUUCCAUGGGAUAGAAGGCUUAAGAUUCUAAUUGGAGCAGCUCGAGGUUUGGCAUUCUUGCAUGCAUCAGAAAGACAAGGUUUGUUUAACCAGAAAGAGGAGAGAGAAGGUUUUUAUGAAUAUUUUGACACCUCAGACAUAUUGCUUGAUCAUUCUUACAAUGCCAAGAUAUCUGGUUUUAGUCUGGCAACGAUUCCAGAGGAUCCUUUGUUGCAGCUAGGUGUUGAAGUAUAUCCAGGUACAGAUUGGCCAAGAUGCAGCAGCCACAGUGCACCUGAGUACGUCAUGACAGGGAACUUGUACUUGGAGGGCGACGUGUAUGGCUUUGGUAUUGUAAUGGUCGAAAUGCUAACUGGUUUACGAGCAGGAUAUUGGGCACUUCAGUCUGGACAGUUUGUGCGGGUUGAUCGGAUCAAGCAUGAUUUAGCCACCAGAAGAAGGUUAGACAAAAUAAUGGACUCCCGAUUAGAAGGCAAAUAUCCUGCAAAAGCUGCCACAAGAGUAUCUGAACUUGCUCUGAGAUGUCUUGAGAUGCAACCUAAACGCCGACCAUCCAUGCAAGAAGUUGCGGAGGUACUAGAGCUUAUUGAAUCUGCUGAUCGAAAUUAAACAACCAAGGAUAUAUUCCAUGAACAAGACAGCUCAUUUCCUUGGUCAGCAACCUCAUGUUUCGCCACCUUCAACCGAGGAGCGAAUCGUAUCCAUCCUGUCCUGUUCCACAAUGUUAUCGUAUUGUUCAAAAUUCACAGAUCAUAACGUUUAGACUUGCUUUCCAGAAAACCAGAUCCUUUCGAUUGUUAGUCGGAUGAUUGAUUCAACAGCUGCUUGUUUCUUCUUCAA